UUAUUUUUUGGCUGGGCAGAAAUCAGAAUAUGGAAUACAUUAUAUGUGAAGGGAGGGAGAGCAUCACCCUACUCUUUCUCAGAAAUCAAGCAACGCCAACAUCAAAUAUCCCUGUGUGAAAGUAGGGUUUAUCUAUUGUCAUUUCCAUAAUCUUGGAAUUUCUCAAUCUGAAAUUCCAAACCCUAACUUUGGAUUCUUCUCCAUUAAAUAGAAAAUUGAAUUUGCUGAAUCUGAGGUGAGAGUGUGACAGACCAUUUGAUUGAGCGUAGAAAUGGAUAAGUUACUGGAAUUCGGGAGAAAAGCGAUGUUCUAUGUUAGGGUUCUUUCGGGAUACGAGGAGCGAAGAAUCCGAUCUUACAGAUUGCAGCUUCAACAGCGUCUUGCACAGGCUCAAGAAAGGAAGGCAGCAUUAAGAAGGAUCCCUGAAAAGGCUAUUUUAUCAGAGGUUCGCCAUAUGGUUGAGGAGAUGCAGACUUUAAACAGGAAGCUGGAAGAAACAGAAGCUGCCAUUGAAGAGUACUUUAAGCCGAUUGACAAGGAAGCUGAGAUCAUCAUGAAAAUGCAGCUUGAUGGAGAAGAGAAGGCAAUGAAGGAGAUGAUGGCAACCAUGCAUAAACAAGCUUUGUUCGAGAAAGUAGAAGCAGAAAAAAUUGCAAAUAUGCAAAAUGCAGGCACAAGCCAACAACAUGACCAGGACCCUGCAUCUGCAUCUGCCACCAGCCAUGCUCAGAUGAGAUGAUGCAGACUCCAUCUCUUUCCUUGGCUGAUUUUCUAGAAUGGUGCUUGUAGGGAUUUUGACACUCAUCACUUCCAUUAUGAAUAACAGAGUCCAAUAGGAAUCAUACCUUGAGAAGUGCAGACUCUGCGAUAAAGGCCAAUCAAUCUUGUUCUCUCUUCCCCUUAUUUCACAAAUAUUUUUUCCGUUUACUACUCUACUGGAACCAUAGAAAAGAGAUGUCACAAGUGAGACUGUAUGAGAGGGAUGGAGAGAGGAAGCACAAAAAGGCUGAUUAUUCCACACACAAACCCUCUGAUCAUGCGAUUGGCAUCAAGGAUUUGGUUUGAAUGUUACAAUGAAAGAUGUGUAUCUAACAACACUAGAUACAAGUUAAGGCUAA